GCUUCCUCAUCCUCCCCCUUUGGACUUUCCACCGCCUUCGUGCGGACCAUCCCUCGACUUGCUACCAUCACCUCUGUCCACCAUGAUCGACUCGUACACUCCUGUCCACACUGCUAGCCUCAUCGACCCCUCUCUGCAUUCACCAGCAAUGCUUCAGCUCCUCGAGACCGAGAUGUCUCGUUCCCUGAUUGAAUAUGUUGUCGAGUGUAUAGUCGACACUGUCCACUACGCUAUGGGGCGUCCGUCCUCCUCUCGAGGUCGCUCACAUACGCGCCUCAAUGAGCAUGUCAAGUUCACACAGUUUGUUACGGAUGUCCUGCGGAAGGCGGAAGUCAAAGUCCCGGUCAUCUUGGUUAUGCUCGUCUACAUUGACCGGGCUAAGCCUCAUCUCCAAAUUGCUCUCGAGCAAUGGGCAUACGAACGUGUGUUCCUUGGCGCAUUGAUACUUGCUAACAAGUAUACCAAUGAUUCCACGCUAAAGAACGUUCACUGGGCACUUUGCACCGGUGUCUUUGGCAAACGUGAUAUUGGUCGGAUAGAGCGCGAGUUCCUCGAUGUCCUCGACUUCGAGCUUGGCUUCAAUGAAGACGACAUCCUCUCUCACCACGCACCUAUCAUGUCACUAUCGAAUCCUAACCACCACACCCGCACACCCGCUACUGCCGUCCUCUCUCCGCUCCGCAGCUCUUCGCCGGAGUCGCACUGGAGCUCGGACUCGAGUGACAUGGAGUCUAUCUCUACCGACGAGUCGUCAUCACCACGGACACCCGAGAUGGUUAUGGAAGUUGACGCGGCUUCCUUCGUACCCACCUCAUCAAAAGAGGAGCUGUCACCAGCAGAUCAUGCCCAUCUGGCUUCCGCACCAUCGAAAUCAAAAGCGGAGUCGGCAAGCGUGCACUCUCAUACGAGCCAUCAGCGACUCUCAUCGGCACUGCAAAUCCUCCGUUCGUUCCCAAUGUUACCUCAUUUCCAUCACACUUCGACAACGUCGUCGGCAUCGUCAUCCGCUACUAGUUCAUCCUCUUCAUUAGGAUCGACAUCAUCCUCUUCCUCCUCAUUCUCAAUACCUUUCCGAGGAUGCAAGCCUGCGCAUUUCGCAGCUCCUGCACUACGCACUACCUCUGUCUCAGUCUGAUCUCCUCUCGUUCAUAUUUAAAUCGUCGUCAUCUCCUCUUCGCUCUCGACCCUGGCGAGCCGUUAUAUCUUACCUUGUGCCGCCACGCAACACUUUCGUUAUUGUUAUUUCAUCUCAUCCCUCGUCUCACCCAUCGCAUUUCCUCCUGUCUGCAUACGAUAAUAUUCGUGCAAUUUGUAACAACAAAGUCUUUAAUUAGAGUAUACCACCAUCGUCAGUCCCUCUACCUUUAGCGCAUACUAGUAAUGCUUGUACCAAUAGUUUGUUUUUCGGUAAAAAUGACAUACUUGCCUCCGAUCCGAAAAUGAAUACGCGUUGUGCGA